CAAGAAAAUACUGAAAGGAUUUGGGAAUCCUAGCCAAAAAAAGGACAAAAGGAAGAAGCAUUUUAAAAUCCAGACUGGUAAGGAGCCAUGUCAAAAGAAGAGACAGCUUGUAAGGUUAAUUCUAUUUAUAAACAUAAAGAGAGGAAGCCAAAAAAGCCUCACUACAUACCGAGACCCUGGGGUAAACCUUACAAUUACAAGUGUUUCCAGUGUCCUUUCACCUGCAUGGAAAAAUCUCACCUGUAUAAUCAUAUGAAAUACAGUCUCUGCAAAAACUCAUUGUCACUGCUCAUUGAAUCUGAAUGGCCAUAUAAGAAAGGGAACAUUCUGCAUCCAGAAAUCCAUUUCCUUCAUAGUGCUGAAACAUCUCAUCUCCAAAAUGAAAAAGGGGAAGAGGAUGCUGCAGACAUUUCUGCUUCCCCUUUAGUUACAGAAAAUCUAAAUAAAGGGGAUGAACGCAUUAUUGCUGAUAAUUUGGAUCUCAAAGAAUUACCUCUGCUUGGUCAAAAUGAGGAAGUGAGCCAAAUUAAAGAGGAUGAGGAAGGGGACACAGACAAAAGCAGUCUUCUCAAAGAAACAGAGCUGGGGAAGGACUAUAAGAAAUCAGCAGACAAAGCCCCUGUGGCAGCCCCCACAACUAUGCUUGAUGUUAACAGGCUACUUCAGGGACCCAGAAACAAACGAGCUAGGCUAUGUAAGGAUGCUAGCCCUGAUUUUAUUAUAACUGAUGUGUUUUCCCUAAAUAACCACACAGUAAAAAGCAAAGCCUCAGUAGCAGCUGAUAAUGAAGUAAAAAUGAAACAAAACAAGGUGCUGAAAAAUGGCUUCAGUGGAACCGGCAUCCUUAUGGAACAAUGGAAGCUCGUGACAGCUGGACAAAGGAAGAAUGGGACAGGAAUUUCCCCACCUUGCACAGAAUCUAAUGUUAUCCCCUGCUAUCCCCCUCCAGCAUACAAGGACUAUCAUGAUUCAACAAACUUGAAUUUAUCUGUUUUGGGAAUCAACUAUCCCCUGAGUGCUGGUCUCUUCUCCUGUUUGGCUCCUACUUUGACAACAGAAGCAUCUGUUCACCCUCACUUAGGUCAGUUUCCACUUUUGGCUUCUGCCACUCAGUUGCUACCCCAACACUCUGGCAACCUUCAGGCUGUACAACAUACAGAGAGACCAUCCUUCUUGCCAAGACUUUACUACCCACUUCUCUUUGAACAAGCAUUCACUUCUGCUGAAAGCAAACUAGCAGCAGUCAAAGGAAGACCACAGCAGACUGUGUCUCCACCUCCAAGCUAUCCUCAGCCAACUGCUCUACAUGGCCUCAAAAAAAAUAACUUACCUAAAGUUCCUGCACUUAAACCAACACUGGCUUGGCAACCAGAAGAAAAUGACAGCCUCUUUCUGCAUUACAACCAUAAAUGUGCUGUUUCUGAGCAGGAGGACAUAAUGGCUGAGGAAGAAAAAUGGACAUCUGAGAAAAUAAAUGCUUCUAACAGUAACGCAUCAAAGCAAAAACCUUCUACAGACAUGGGCAGCAACCCAAUUCUUUUCAAGGAGGUUUUAAAUAAGAAAACAGAUCAUAUGGAGCUCAGUGAUGGAUUUCCGGCAAAGUCCUCACAAAAUAAUUUUAGUAAGAUGUCGUUUACUGGACCUGCAGCAAAUAUCAUCAAGAAACCCAAAAGAUUGGCCACACCUACCCCAGAGUUGAGCUGCCAGAGCAGCAAUCUGUCAUGCUCUCCACAGCACUUGUGGUUCUCAGAUAACUGGAAAACUAAAACAAUGUCAUCAUUGACCAAAGACUCCAAGACAGCAAUGAGCCAAGAGCUGGCAUCUCCAACAUCCUUGUUACUCACUCACCCUGACAUCCAGAAAUACAAUAUCAUGCCUAGGACUGCAGGGAACCAUGAAGACUCAGAGACCCCAGCAGUACUGAUUCAUGACCUCUGCAAAACACUAGAUGAAUAUAAAGAAGUAGAAAAGAAACUCUCCAUCUUAGUAAAGGAGGAUAUUCCUGGACAGAAGCAACUCAAAGAACAGCUUUUAAAAAUAAGAAAAGAGCUAUUUUAUGUCCAUCAGACACUGGAGCAAACAACAAAACAGCAUGAAGGGCCUUUGGACCUUUCCCUUAAAAGGUCAACUGGAGCAUCUAUGAAGAGCCCAGAGGAAAACAAAGCAAGACUACUGGGGUUCAGCUCUAAAAAUAAAGAAAUGGCAUCGUCUCAUUCAGAGGAUGAUGAAAGUACUGGGGAAAGUCUGGCAUCAAGACACCUCACAAAGACUGGUAACACAUCGACAGACUUUAAACUGGGAAGAUCACAGCAUCUCCAUGCCUUGUUUGAUGCUGGUUUUGGAAGUAUUAUCAAGACUGAGACAUUUCACCUGGGAUCACUAGAGCUGCGACCGAAUGUUGAGCCAUACUUCAACCGUACAACAAAAUGUGAGGCUGACUCUAGCGUUUUGUGCACAGAUGGGAGGUCUAAUGUGCAUCAAAGCCCACUGCUUCCACAAACAGAGGAGACAGUAGCUUCUAGCAAAGGUGGGACAAGGUCAGUGUCCCGUCACACCCAUGUUGAUAAUGAACCGCUGUGAUAUAUGUAAACCAAACAAAGUUAUUGUUUGUUUCCAAGUUGGAAAAUAAUGACAUGCAAUAAGAACAGCCACAAAAACUGUCAAAGCAUUGGUCUGACUAUCCUUAGCAGAAUAAUGACAAAACUGAUUACCAAGCUCUUGUUUUUUACUACAGCAUGCCUGUACUAAUUUAACAAAAUCUACUAUGACAAAUUACUAAAUAUUCCAAAUUUAAAAUGUGAGACAGACCCUCUCUUUGUUAAGCAGCACACAUUCUCUGUAAAACUUGUAUUUUUGAGAAAUGAAUUGGGGGACAUGUUUCAUCGUCAUUCAUCACUUGGGACAGCAACACAAGUUUCUCAAGGAUUUGUAUCUCUAAAAGAGGAUUUUGUGGUUGUCAAAACAAGUCAGAAAUUAGUAAAAAGCCACAACGUUUAUAUUUUCACAGAAAGAAAGAAAAGGAAGUUAUGCUCUAUGCUUUCUUUGUCCCCUACUAGCGAUGUAAUGGUUUGACAAGCCCAUCUGGAAACGAUAAGAAGGAUUAUUUUUUUCACAUACCCACAGAUACCAGAAGUGCUAUUGUUCCAUUUCUACAGUCCUUAAGUAAUGUCACAGUACCUCAAAGCCAGAUGGUACUGCUUACACAUUUC